AUGGCAUCUUCAAGUCUAGAAAUUGGUGGAUUAAAACCGUUUGAUGUACACAGUGACCCGAAUAGUUUGGCGCUGGAAUGGAAGCGAUGGCUUCGAAGUUUUCAACUUUAUGCCGAUGGAAAAGGGCUGAUUAUCGCUCCAGAUAAAGAUGACAACAAGAUACAACGUAGGGCUUUACUUCUUCAUUMAGCAGGACCGGAUGUUCAAGAUAUUUUUUACGUUUUACCAGAUACCGGAGGACCGAAGGAUUACGCRAAGGCARAGAAAGCCCUGAGCGACUACUUUGUGACUCAGGUAAAUAUUCCUUACGAGCGACACCAGUUUCGGGAAAUGUCCCAGAAAGAAGAAGAAACCAUCGACCAGUAUGUAGUACGAUUAAAGCGUAAGGCAGAAGCAUGUAACUACGCCGACCAGACCAAUGACCAGAUCAGAGAUCAAAUAAUUUCAACUUGCCGUUCRAACGAGCUUSGACGCAAACUUCUUGAGAAGGGACAGGCCCUCACUCUGAAGGAAUUACAAGAUACAGCAAGAACAUUUGAGGCCGUAAAACGACAGGCAAGGAAUAUGUGCAACCCUUCAGACCAAGGCCCAAGCCAUGUAAAUUGGAUUGGUAAGAAACCACUCAAAGGAAGGGGAACAGGACAACAACCAUUCAGGUCAAAAGAGAAGAAAGAGGAAGAGAAACCGAGUAAAGGUUCGUGCUACAGAUGUGGAAGACAAGGACAUUUUGCAAAAGAUGUUAACUGUCCAGCCAGAAACAAGGUAUGCAAUAAAUGUAAGCAAACGGGACAUUUUGCAAACUGUUGCAAGACCAAGUCAAAGGAAGGUACUUCCAAUCAAGGAGGUAARGGAGUUCGUCAAGUAACUGARCAGCCAGAUUAUCCAUUUGCAGUCACUACAGCAGACAAGGAGAUACCAAAGAUUGACAUUGUCAUUGGGGGAAUUCAACUUGAAGCAGUAUUAUUGGAUUCUGGAUCUACAUGUAAUGUUAUUGACAGACAAACAUGGGAGAAACUCAAGAGUGAAGGAAUUGUUUGCAAGGCAAAGAAGYCUGAUAGAAAGCUGUUUUCUUAUGGUUCAGAAAAACCCCUCAGUACUGUUGGUGAGUUUGAAGCUGAACUUUGUUACAAGGAUAAGACAAUAACUGUUUGUUUUGUUGUAGUUAAAGAGAAAGCAAUUCCAAUAUUGAGUAGAGAAACUUGUGAAAAGCUGGAAGUCCUAAAGAUUGUUAUAAAUAGUGUUGAUGAGCAGUCCUCUAUGUUUACUGAGUUCAAGGAGUGCUUUGAGGGAGUUGGAAAACUCAGAGAUUUCAAGGCCAAACUCCACAUAGAUGAUAGUGUUAAACCAGUAGCCCAGCGGCAGAGACCAGUACCUUUUGGUGUAAGACUGAAAGUGGAAAAGAAACUCAAGGAACUUGUGGAUGCUGAUAUUAUUGAACCAGUUACAGGUCCAACACCAUGGGUAARUCCAGUUGUAGWAGUGCCAAAGAARGGGGAUGACAUUWGACUUUGUGUAGACAUGAGAAAGGCGAACGAGGCUAUUGUAAGGGAACGUCACCCUAWACCUUCWGUAGAUGAAAUUCUAUACAACCUAAAUGGCAGUAAAGUGUUUAGCAAGCUAGACCUGAAGUGGGGCUUCCAUCAAAUUGAAUUGGACGAGAAUUCCAGGGAUAUCACCACCUUCGUUACACACAAGGGACUGUACCGCUAUAAGAGACUUAUGUUCGGUAUCAGUUCUGCACCAGAAUUAUACAAUCACAUAAUUAGACAAGUCCUAGUUGGCACUGAAGGUGCUGAUAACAUUUAUGAUGACAUAAUUGUGUAUGGGAGCUCAGUUGAAGAACAUGACAAAAGGCUACGAGAGACACUGAACUGCAUCAGGGACAAGGGGCUGACCCUUAACGGAGAAAAGUGCGAAUUCAGGAUAUCAGAACUUACCUUUAUGGGGUAUUUGCUUUCUGAAAAAGGAAUUGGCCCAACAGAGUCCAGGAUUGAAGCAAUAGUUAAUGCACGAGAGCCACAAGAUGCUGAAGAAGUACGCAGCUUCCUAGGAUUAGUGAACUUUAGUGCUAGAUUUAUCCCAGACCUUGCAACGAUUGCUGAGCCGCUCCGAAGUCUAACAAAGAAAGGAGUAACCUUCAAGUGGGGUAAAGCUCAACAAGUGGCAUUCAAUGCUCUUAAAGAGGCCUUAGCUGGCUCAAACACACUAGCAUAUUUUGAUAGAGAUGCAGAAGAAACCAAGCUGAUCACAGAUGCCAGCCCAGUAGGACUUGGGGCUGUACUCACCCAAGUUAAGAGUGGAACAGAGCGUGUUGUAGCUUAUGCCAGCCGCAGCCUAACAGAUGUAGAACAAAGAUACUYGCAAACGGAAAAGGAGGCUCUUGGCAUUGUUUGGGGCUGUGAGAGAUUCCACAUGUAUCUCUAUGGAGUUGAGUUUACACUCUUGACAGACCACAAACCCCUGGAGAUAAUCUACUCAGCCAGGACAACAGCAGCACCAGCAAGGAUUGAAAGAUGGGUUCUCAGGCUCCAGCCUUAUAAGUUCACAGUAAGGUAUAUUCCAGGGAAGCAAAACAUUGCUGACACUCUGUCGAGAUUGACAAACAUUAAGGGACACUGCAUUGAUAAAGAUGCAGAGGAAUACAUUCGUCACGUUGUUACUAUGGCAACACCAGUUGCUAUAAGUCUCAAAGAAAUCGAGGAAGAGUGUGCAUCAGACCCUGAGAUGUCACAGUUGAGAAGAUGUAUACUCACAGGUGAGUGGGACGACGUCCCCUCUCAAUACAAAGCAGUAAGAUAUGAACUGUCUACCUUAGGUAAGCUUAUACUAAGGGGGACGAGGUUAGUAAUACCAAAGGAUUUGAGAAAGAGAGUCCUCAGUCUUGCACAUGAAGGACACCAGGGUGUAGUAAAGACAAAGCAAAGACUCCGUACCAAGGUGUGGUGGGCAGGAAUGGACAAGGAGGUUGAAGACAAGUGUAAAGUAUGUCAAGGAUGCCAACUAGUUGCUCAACCAUCCCCACCAGAACCCUUGAAGUCAACACCCUUUCCAAACGAACCUUGGCAGGACCUGGCAGCAGACUUGAUGGGUCCUCUCCCUGCAGGUGAAUAUGUUUUUGUCGUUGUUGACUACUUCAGCAGAUAUUUUGAAGUGGACAUAUUGARGUCUACUACAGCAACGAAGAUCAUCGAAAGUCUAGAUAAMAUUUUCUGUACUCAUGGUCUACCCAUGACCUUAAGGACAGACAAUGGUCCACAAUUCGUGUCGGAACAGUUUACAUCAUAUCUAGCUGAGAAUGGGGUAGUCCACAAAACAUCAACACCUUUGUGGCCCCAAGCCAACGGUGAGGUAGAGAGACAGAAUAGAAGUCUACUUAAAGUACUUAAGAUUGCACAUGCAGAAGGGAAGAACAUGCAUUCUGAGCUAAGAAAGUUUCUCAUGGCCUACAGGACAACACUUCACAGCAGUACGGGUAGUACACCAGCCAAGCUACUCUUYAAUAGGGAAAUGAGAUCAAAGUUACCAGAGUUAAAAGAAACACUACCAGCCUACAGUGAAGCAAGAGACAAGGACACAGAAAACWAGCAAAAGAGAGCUGAUUAUGCUGAUACCAGAAGAGGAGCUCAAGAAAGCAACAUYGUASCAGGUGAYACAGUUUUGUUAAAAMAAAGAAAAGAGAACAAACUGUCUACAACUUUUGGAAAGAUUCCAUAUGAAGUUACCAGCAAGAGCGGCAGUGAGGUGGUAGUAACCAAUCCCGAAAGAGGAAGUUACAGGAGGAAUGUCACAGAGAUAAAGAGGUUCUUCAAAGAUGGUGAUAGUGAAGACCCAGUCCACGUUCAGCCUAGUUUUGGGAGCAUCGAGACUCAACAGGAAAACUAUG